CAAUAGGAAAAGUAGCACCAUGCGAGAAUUCAUCCUACGAUAUUUGGCUGUUUUAAAAAUCUAAAAAACAGAAGUGUAAGGGAAGAAAACAUAGCAGGCUACCGCUGAGAAGGUCCGCUUAUUUGUGAAAGGCGACAAUUUUGUCAAAAUAUGUUUUGAGUGAAGAUAAGACCGCGGAUUUGGCCCUCACGCGGGCAUCUUUCAGAGCUAACUAGCGUGUUAGCUGUGAUGCUGGUUUGCUCGCUGAACCUCUUGAUGAGUGGGUGAAGUGGAAAUAGUUAAUUGAUGAUAAAUGUGUGCCUCUUAAAAGAAAAUGUCUGGCUUUAACUUUGGAUCAGGAACUCUUGGUUCCACCAAUACGGGCGGUGGAUUCACAUUUGGGGCAGUAACCAGUGCACCCGCAGCCAGUACUGGUGGCUUCUCUUUCGGGACUGCUCUGGGUACAGCAGCCGCCAUCCCUGCCCCUACCACCAGCACCACCACUCCGUCUCUUGGCCUAGGAGGCACUCUCUUUGGUCAGAAACCUACUGGAGGGUUCUCAUUCAACACACCUGCCUCAAGUGCAGCUGCACCUGCUACAGGCCUUACAUUAGCCACUACAGCUCCCUCCACCGGCUUUAGCUUGGCUUUCAACAAGCCCACCGCCUCAGCAACACCAUUCUCCCUCACCACCACUGCUACCACCUCCUCGGCACCCCCUGCCGGGGCAGGUUUAUCAUUUGGCUCUGUCCUGACGUCCACAGCUCCACAGCAGCCUGCAGCCACGUCCUUCACCCUUGGUCUUGGUGCCACAACAAACACCACAGCAGCCUCAACAGGCCCAUCACUGGGCGGGGGUCUCUUCUCCAGUACUGUGUCCACAGGUUUGGGUCAGACCACUCUUGGAGGAGGUGGUUUAACGUUGGGCUCUCUGCUGUCUACCUCCACAACAGUAUCAGUAGCCCCUGCCCCCAGUGUUGGCCUGGGUGGGGUCGACUUCAGCACUUCGUCUGAGAGUAAGAGCGACACAUCAUCUGGAACCAAUGCACAGGACAGUAAAGCUUUAAAAGAUGAGAACCUGCCCCCAGUCAUUUGUCAGGAUGUCGAGAAUUUCCAAAAAUUUGUGAAAGAGCAGAAACAGGUUCAGGAGGACAUCAGCAGGAUGUCAUCUAAGGCCAUUUCUAAAGUCCAAGAUGACAUCAAGAGUCUCAAACAGCUUCUCUCUGUCAGUGCCAGUGGUUUGCAGCGCCAAGCUCUAGCUAUUGACAAACUGAAGCUUGAGACGGCGCAGGAACUGAAAAAUGCUGACAUAGCACUACGCACACAAAAGACUCCCCCUGGACUUCAACAUGAGAACACUGCUCCAUCCGAUUAUUUCCGCAGCCUGGUAGAGCAGUUUGAGGUGCAGUUGCAGCAGUACCGACAGCAGAUAGAAGAGUUGGAGAAUCACCUGACAACACAGAGCAGUGGCUCCCACAUCACUCCUCAGGACCUCACUUUGGCCAUGCAGAAGUUGUACCAGACAUUUGUUGCACAGGCUGCCCAGCUCCAGUCAGUUCAUGAAAAUGUCAAGAUCUUGAAGCACCAGUACCUUUCCUAUCGUCGGGCCUUCCUUGAAGACUCCACGGACGUCUUUGAGUCCAAACGGGCAUCCAACAGGAAGUGGCAAAGUACGCCACGAGUCACAACAGGGCCUGCCCCAUUUUCCAGUGUGCCCAACGCUGCAGCGGUUGCCAUGGCAGCCACCUUGACCCAGCAACAGCAGCCAACUCCAGGGACCCAGGCACCCUUGGGGGCAGGGUUUGGAAACCCCUUUGCCUCGGCAGUGGGCACUAGCUUGGGCUCUUCUACCCUUGGAGGUUUUGGUGGUGGGCCAGGAUUUGGUGGGGUGGGGACUGGGGGGUCUUCUUUUGCCUUCUCCUCCACCAGUAAGCCCACAGGAGGCAGUCUGAGUGCAGGUUUUGGUAGCAGCAGCAGCUCAGGCUUCAACUUCAGUAACCCUGGCAUCAACCCCUCGGCCGGUCUGACCUUUGGGGUUUCUAAUCCACCUGCUGCAGGCUUUGGCACAGGAGGGCCUCUUCUCCAGCUCAAGAAGCCCCCUGCUGGUAAUAAAAGGGGCAAGAGAUAGAAUCAGGAAAGACAGAACCCUGUGACUGACCAGCUGACCACCUUGGGGUUUGUACCGGGGCGGGCCUGGUCUCCCAAAAGUAUGUAAGUGCUACAUUAAACAGCAGCACAGGAUCACCCACUUAAAAUCAUUUGGAGGUAUAUGCUCAAUAAACAUUGAGAAAGAUAAAAUCCCAUGGACCAUCCAGCAUUAUCUUUUUCUCAUAUAUUGGUCUGUAUGUUCCACUGCUGUAUGUACAUUCAUUUCUUUUAGUUUGAUUCCAAGUUCCUGAGUCCUUAGCCAGUAUUGAUACAAGAAGUUGCCCACAUUCACAUUUUCCUCUCAGAUGCAUUUCAACCAUGAAAUUAUAUUAUCUGGGUCUUAACACUCAGUUAUUACUACUAUCAAUAUUGUAGACAGUGGCAUGUAUGGAAAGGUUAAAAAUAAUGUUUGCAUAAUUUUAAACAUGAGUUUGCCCAUUCGCAUUGCCUCAAAAAGUUGCCCUUCACACUAAUCUGUAGCACAACAAUGCUUUUGGGGUUGCCAGCCAUGGACAGAGCUGGGCCAAUUACACAUGAUUUCAGUUAUCUUUGAGUAACUGCUUUUGUCUGAAUAUUUUAUGAGAGAUAUGUCUUUGUGCUUUGAGGUGGACAGUACAGUUGGUUCCAUUGUGUUACACAAACUGUCAAUUGUAAAACUGCACUUGAAGGCCUUUCAAAUAAUGACUUGGCCCAAGUCUCGUCCGGGGGGGGGGGCUUAUGGGGUAAUAAUUUGUUGGAAACAGCAGUCUGUGUCUGAAGUUGUCAGUGGGGAAUCUGAAUCUAGAUAGUUUUAUAGGCACAGCAGUGUCCAGGGUGGGUUUUUGGGGAAGCACAGUUUUAUUUUUGUAUCAAGCAAGUGGAGAAAGAGAUAUUUGGGAAGGGUAAAAGGGGACUAGCACGUUGAGGUAGUCCAUUAUCUAGUCCAUGUAACCUGUGUUGUUUUCGCUAGACUCCAUCCUUAUCAUUGUUUAAUAAUUACUUUUUAAACACAUUUUGUUUGCCCUGUGUACCACUGUAAGAACCUUGGAGAGGAAACGCUGUGCUGUUUGUAUUACAUGGAUCUCAUUAGAUAUUAAGUUAGCUGAAUCUGAAAGGGAUUUCACAAGCAGAUUCUACCUUCUUGACUUGAUUUAUACAUGUGCUAGAACAAAUUUGCACUUGCCAGUGUAUGUGACCUGACAGUGAUUGUGUGAAUGUGCAUGUGUGGCUAUUGCAUAAGUAUGAAUUUGUCUCUGGUCUAUCAUAGUUGCUCAGCUACUAUUGUGGUUGGGGGAUAUUCUGCUUUUUUAAAUUGUCCAUGUCAGUCUGGAUACCAAAUACUGGUAGUUGUACUAUUAUUUUCUAAUCACAGUCUGUGUAAACCUGUAUUUUCAAGAACCUGUUUAAUAAUAAAAUCUUCAAUAUGA